CACAUAAAUGAUAAAAACCCUGGUUUUGGCCAUUUGGCUCCCUCCCGCAAACUGACACUUUAUAAAAACCUUCCGUACUUUUUUCCCCCUCCCUCUCUCCCUCUUUACUACCUCCAAGAUGGUAGGAAAGUUGUUGUUUUGGAGGGCAGAGGAGCCGCUCUCUGAUGUUAUGUCCUCGCAGUGCCUGUAGUGGUGCUGUAGGAGGCUGCUGGCUCUCUUCUUGAGCAGCCCCAGCAGCCCUGCCUUCUUUGCUGGAGAAUAUAUUCAGGGAUUCCCCUUAAUAAUCACCUACCCUCUGAGCACUUUGUAGUUUUAAAAUAAUAAAGAGCCCCCAAAGCUUCCUCCCCACAAAAAGCAGGAUCUUCUCAGAGCCAGGGGGGCAGCAGCUCCACAGCACAGAGCCCGAGCCCAUUCCCAGUCCCUCUGCUGGGGAGGAAACUCUGAUCUGUCAGCCCAACAGAGGGAAAGGGGGGAGAGGAGAGAGAGGAGAAAAAAAAAGCAGCUGGAAAGGGAAAAGAACGUCUGGUAGUUGUGAAGUGAGUCCACUGGAAAGCCCACCAACACGCUUCACCCCGCACAGACAAUCUACUUCAUCUUGAUUCAUCAUCAUUCCAGGAUAGAGGUGUCCUUGGGGCUCUCUCUUAACACUGAUAUGGUACAGAAGAUUUAAAAUCAGCUGAUGUUCACAAGGAAUAGAGUCACGUGAUGUAUGAAGGCAAACACAUACACUUCUCUGAGGUUGACAAUAAGCCCUUGUGCUCAUAUAGCCCCAAACUGUGCAAGCAGAGGCGACUUAACGGCUACGCCUUCUGUAUCAGACACGUUCUGGAGGACAAGACUGCCCCCUUCAAGCAAUGUGAAUAUGUGGCCAAGUAUAACAGCCAACGCUGCACCAACCCCAUCCCCAAAUCUGAGGAUCGUAGGUACUGCAACAGCCACCUGCAGGUACUUGGCUUUAUACCGAAAAAGGAGAGGAAGAAAAAGAAUGAUCCAAUAGAGGAGGUAAAGGUCAGGCAUCAGAUGGAUGCUAUGGCCUUCAGUCUGACAGUGCCCACCCUGGCCUUGAAGAUGCCCAAUGGACUGGAUGGGAUGUCCCUCUCCCCUCCAGGGGCUAGGCUUCCUCUCCACUACCUGGAGGCAGAAUUAGAAGACCCCUUUGCUUUCAAUGAGGAGGAUGAUGACCUAAAGAAAGGGGCAACGGUGAAGAAAAAGUUGCAGAGCAAGUUGGCUCAAAACCGGCAGCGCCAGAGAGAGACAGAGAUUUUAAAAGUUCGCCAAGAGCACUUUAGCCCCCUUCCUGCACCUUUGCAGCAGCAGCCUCUGCAGCAGCAGCGCUCCCAUCUGCCACCUUCAUCAGCUUCAUUAAAGCCAACAGGGCUACCGCAGGGCAUAGUCUGCAAGUCACCUCAACCUCUGAACACCAGCCUACCAAUGCAGGGAGUGGCACCCACCACACACACUAUAGCACAAGCUCGGCAGUUGUCUAACAAGAGACCUCUGCCUCUCCUGCCACCCGCUAGGGCUCCUGUCAUGGACCCUCCAAGGACUGAUCGGGUCCUCAUGAAAGCCACAGCCUUCUCUCCGCACUCGUCCUGCAUGAGCCGGCUACAGAGACUGGUGAAACUGUGCACUCGAAAACAGCAGCUGGAGACUGAUCUGUUUCCACAUUUAGGGCUGGAUUGGUCUGAAGACAGUGGAGAAGAGUUGGAAGAUUCAGAGCAAACCUCCCCUUACCAGGUUGCAUGGUCUAUCCGAGAAACCCUCGGCUAUGAUAGACAUGGGUGCGGUGAUGACAAUGCAGAUGACAGGAGUUCCAGGGUGACCAGACUUUGCACUUACUUUCAGCAGAAAUAUAAGCACCUCUGCCGCCUGGAGCGGGCAGAAUCUCGUCAGAAGAAAUGCCGGCACACACUCCGGAAAGCCUUGCUGCAGGCGGCCAGCAGAGAGCCGGAGCGUACUGGGCAACUGAUACAAGAACUCCGAAGAGCUACAUGUGCUCGUAGCAGCACAAGCCAAGUGAGGCAGAGGGAUGCAGAACCAACAACCUGUAGUGGGACUUCAAAAGGAGAACAGUGCACUAACAAGGCCCUUCCAUUUACCAGGCAUUGUUUUCAGCAUAUCUUAUUGAACCGUUCUCAGCAGCUCUUCUCAAGUUGCACAGCCAAGUUUGCAGACGGUCAGCAGUGCUCUGUGCCAGUUUUUGACAUUACACAUCAGACACCUCUGUGCGAAGAACAUGCCAAAAAAAUGGACAACUUCCUGAGAGGGGACAGCUCCCGUAAAGUUCAGCACCAGCAGCAGAGGAAACCCAGGAAAAAAACAAAGCCACCUGCACUUACCAAAAAACACAAGAAGAAGAGAAGGCGAGGCCCACGCCGGCCCCAGAAACCCAUUCCUCCUGCAGUGCCCCAAGGGAACCUCACCAUGCCUACCAGUGUCUCACUGCCAGUGGAGAUGCCCCAUAUACGGAGCCCCUCAACGCCAGAGCUGAGUGCCGAUGAGCUGCCUGACGACAUCGCCAAUGAAAUCACAGACAUUCCACAUGACUUGGAAUUGAAUCAGGAGGACUUCUCUGAUGUCCUGCCACGGCUGCCCGAUGACUUGCAAGAUUUUGAUUUCUUUGAGGGUAAAAAUGGAGAUCUGCUUCCAACCACAGAAGAGGCUGAGGAACUGGAACGGGCCCUACAGGCUGUGACUUCUCUUGAGUGCCUGAGUACCAUUGGAGUACUUACACAGACAGAUGGUGUGCCAGUUCAGGAGCUGUCAGAUAGAGGGAUAGGGGUGUUCUCUACAGGUGCUGGAGCUCCAGGAAUGCAGUCCUUGAGUCGAGAGGUUAACACGGAUCUGGGGGAGCUGUUGAAUGGGCGUAUAGUACAUGAUAAUUUCUCCGGUCUGGAGCUGGAUGAGAACUUGCUCCGUUCUGCUACCUUGUCCAACCCACCUACGCCCCUGGCAGGGCAGAUCCAGGGGCAAUUCUCAGCCCCAGCCAACGUUGGCCUUACUUCCGCCACUCUGAUAAGCCAGAGUGGCCUUGGGGAGAGAGCCUUCCCAGGACAAUUUCAUGGACUUCAUGAUGGCAGCCAUGCCUCCCAGAGGCCCCACCCUGCCCAGCUGCUGAGCAAGGCAGAUGACCUGAUCACCUCACGACAGCAAUACAGCAGUGACCAUUCACACUCCUCACCCCAUGGAAGCCAUUAUGAUAGUGAGCAUGUGCCGUCUCCCUACAGUGACCAUAUCACAUCCCCUCACACCACAUCCUUUUCUGGUGAUAACCUGGCAGCUACCUUCUCAGCAGAGAUGCCCAUGAUGGCACAGCACUUGCUCCCAACUCAGCUGGAUGUGCCACUUAGUGGGGUGGUCAACCCCAGAACUCACUGGGGAAAUCUUCCUGUCAAUCUUGGGGACCCCUCUCCGUUUAGCAACCUUCUUGGUGCAGAUGGACACCUCCUGUCCACCUCCCUGUCCACACCACCUACCACCUCGCACUCAGAGACCACACAGCCUGCCUUCGCCACUGUGACCCCCAACAGCUCCAGUGUGCUCCCGGGGUUACCACAGACCAGUUUUAGUGGCAUGGGUCCUGCCUCCGCUGAACUCAUGGCCUCCACCUCCCCUAAACAACAGCUCCCUCAAUUCAGCGCAGCCUUUGGGCACCAGCUGAGCUCCCACAGUGGCAUCCCCAAGGACCUGCAGCCCAGCCACAGCUCCAUAGCUCCUCCCACGGGCUUCGCAGUGACCGGUGCCACCGCUACCAGUACCAAUAACGCAUCUGCGCCCUUCACCACCUCCAAUUGAGCUUGUCUGCCUGGCUCUGUGCAGGUAGAUGGGGGACCUGUGUUUUCUACCUUUCCUUUUUUCCUUUUUCUUUAUUUUUUUCUGUCCUCCCUUCCUUUUUUUUU